UUUUACUUUAUUUAACGAAGUUCCCGAGUCUCUCGGGGUAGUUGACCCUUUGCUAAGCCCUCGCUCGGUUUGGCUUGGCUGGGAGGUCAACGAAGCCCUGCGAGCCCUCCGACCCACCUGGACGAUUUCCCUGCAUCGGUCGCAUGCUCCCUUCGCAGAGAAUCCAGAAUGAUUCAUGAGUUGAGAGCGUGCGUGCUCCUUUUGUUAUCACCGGUCCCUGCCCAUUGGGCUGUUCGGAGUAUAAGAUAGCCAAAGCUGCGAGUCACUUGACAGAUUUAACUCAACUGUCACACGGACCCUCCGUUUACGAGGGUAAGAUCGUGCGUAUCGCACCGGAGGAAUACCUUAUGGGGUUUGAAGCACGUAGCGGUAAGCUGUACUUUGGAAUCUCUGGAAACGGGGAUUUAAUCGGCACUGGUUAGGAGGAAUUUAUGGAUUACGUGUUAGAGGUCGAGAACGGUUCGGCGAGGUUUAUCGGAACGUAUUUUUAAUGCAAUCGUUGCGAGGGAUUCCAAGGUAUGGUUACUUUGUGUCUACCGUCAUCCUGUUCUGGGUCUCAAGUGCACGUAAGCACUCUUUGAUAUCAUUACGCUCGGUGAUAAUGUUACCAAGUGAUAAGCUAAACCGGAAGGAACAAAACCACUCGGUUAUCUCCACAUGAAAACCUAGAUAACUUCCUGUGCAAUGGGAUCCAAGAAACUGCUCGCAUGUUUUGGUGCAGGUGCAGGUAUGUCUUUUCGUGUGGUGCGUAGCAGUAAAUUCCGUCAUGUAUACGGGACUGCAUUGAAGCGGGAACAUUGCUACGAUAAUAUCCGAGUAUCUAAGUCAUCCUGGGAUUCGACCUUCUGCGCGGUUAAUCCUAAAUUCCUUGCAAUUAUCGUUGAAUCGGCGGGAGGUGGUGCUUUUAUAGUUUUACCACACAAUAAGGUGGGCAGGAUACCGGCGGACCAUCCUCUGGUAGGCGGGCACAAGGGCCCGGUCCUGGACAUCGCAUGGUGCCCCCACAACGACAACGUCAUCGCCUCGGGCUCGGAGGACUGCAUCGUCAAGAUCUGGCAGAUCCCGGACGGGGGAAUCUCCCGCACCCUGACCGAAUCCGUGGUGGACCUUCAGCUUCAUCAGCGAAGAGUAGGCCUGGUGCUAUGGCACCCCACCGCCCUGAACGUCCUCCUGACCGCCGGCUCCGACAACCUGGUCAUCAUCUGGAACGUGGGGACUGGGGAUGCCUUGGUGCGGAUAGACUGCCACCCUGACGUGGUGUACUCGGCCUGCUGGAACUGGGACGGCUCGAGGCUGGUCACCACCUGUAAGGACAAGAGGAUCCGCAUCCUGGACCCCAGGACCGGGGAGGUGCUCGAGGAAGCGGUGGCUCACGAGGGCAGCAAAGCCACGAGGGCCAUCUUCCUCAGGGGUGGCCUGGUCUUCACAACGGGUUUCAGUAAAAUGUCCGAAAGACAGUACUCCCUGAGGGCUCCCGAUAUGCUCGGAGAGCCCAUCGUAAUGGUAGAACUGGAUACAAGCAAUGGAGUGAUGUUCCCGCUCUACGAUCCCGACACGAAUUUGGUCUACCUAUGUGGCAAGGGCGACUCUGUUAUUCGCUAUUUUGAAAUUACCCCUGAGCCACCUUUCGUUCACUACAUCAAUACUUUCCAGACACCCGAUCCUCAAAGAGGGAUUGGUAUGAUGCCAAAACGUGGCUGCGACGUCAGCAGCUGUGAAAUCAGUCGGUUUUAUCGACUUAACAAUUCUGGUUUCUGCCAGGUUAUUUCUAUGACCGUCCCGAGAAAGUCAGAGCUCUUCCAAGAAGACCUGUACCCGGAUACCAGCGGGGACACGGCAGCGAUCUCUGCCGAGGAAUGGGAAGGUGGAUCGAAUGCCGAGCCCAUUCUGAUCUCCCUGAGGGAGGGUUACCACCCUGCCGCGUCGAAGAGCGACCUGAAGGUCCACAAAAAGGCCAACGUCUUGAGUAAAGGAACUAAGGUCGCUUCCGGUGUCACGCAGAAUACCGCCCAACCUGCUGCAGGCAUCUCUGAGGAUGUGAUUAAAGAGUUCACCGAGGAGAUAAGGAAACUAAAGGCGGUUAUCGUGAAGCACGAGGGGAGGAUUCGAGUCCUGGAGACCGCCGUCACUCUGCAGAUGAAGGAGCAGGAAAGGAGCGAAAAGCCACUCUCGCCCACGGCCACGGAGUUCCUCGCUCCGGAUGAGGUUUGAUUUUUCAUUGGAUCCGCGAACCAAUGUAUACUUGUGUAAUAAAGAUAAAAACGCGUACUAUUUUUUCAUACCAACCGUUUGUGUAAAUAUUAGGUAUUGUUAAACGUGCGUUGAAAGGAUUUAUUGUGGGAGCGUAUUAGCUUGUCAUUUUCGUGCAUCUCCGUUUAGUAUCCGCCGAAUUCUGUGAUUCUGUGCCUUUACUCGGCAACGACUAAUUCUUUAACGCCGCCGUAACGUGUUAAGUAACGAGGACCUUUCUUUUUUACUGGAACUCUUUUCCGUAUUUUUCUUUAUUUCACUUUAUUCCUUUCUCUUCUUUGCUUCUUAUUUUUUUAUUUCAACGGAAGACCCUCGCCAAUGGGGCAUUUCUUAUGGGAAAGAAUGGCCUCCGACUCGGGGGAGGCCUCACUCUCUUUUUGUAAAGUCUCGACGAUUUAAGGUUACAUUUGAACUCGCUACUGUAUGCGCAUACAAAUGGAAGCACUUUAUAUUUCGAAUGGAACAGUUCUGCCUCUUAAUAAUUACGUGGUUCGAUAAAUAAAUAUGUUAAUCCUAGUUCGUUUGUUCU